ACGGUACCCCGUGCUACCUAUACGCGGUUGUUACCUGUUGGCGUGCUCGCCCGAGCUCUACACAUUCGGUAUCGCUUACCAGGGCGGCCGAUUUGCCGAUUUUUAUUCACAUCUGUAUCCCCAAUCAGUGUAACAAUCCCCCCUGCCACCCCUGGAAUUUUUUAACCCGUCUCCCAAUAGUCAAAGUGCGAGUGAUAAUCGAUUGCCCGGUCGAAUGUGAGAGAGUUCAAUCUGCACUUACAACUGCUUCAUUAUUUUGUACAUGUCCACGUCGUCAAGUUCAUGCUCCGGAAUGAGUGACUUGGUGAACAGAAUUACAGUGAGUUUCGUUAUUUAGUGAGAGAGCCACAGUGGGGUCAAUGAUUUACGGUGAUAUCAGAGAAAAAGUGAAUUUUACCUGGAGAUAAUCGUCCUCAGGUGUGGAAAAUCAUUGAAUAAGAACAACAUCAAGACCACAAGGUGGCGGGCCAGUGUGCACGUCGAACGAGACUCGAGAGAUGGUCAUCGUUACCCGGGGUGAUUACAUAUGGAUCGAACCAAUAUCGGGACGGGAAUUCGAUGUCGCCAUAGGAGCAAGGGUAGUCUCCGCCGAGGGACGCCGCAUUCAAGUUAAAGACGACGACAACAACGAGCAAUGGCUCACUCCAGAACGAAGAAUAAAGGCGAUGCACGCCACGUCAGUACAGGGCGUCGAGGAUAUGAUAAGCCUCGGCGACCUCCACGAGGCUGGCAUCCUCAGGAAUCUCCUCAUAAGAUACAACGAGAAUCUCAUUUACACUUACACUGGUUCUAUUCUAGUCGCCGUUAAUCCCUACCAAAUUCUGCCGAUCUACACUGCCGAGCAGAUUAAACUGUACAAGGAUAGAAAAAUUGGUGAAUUGCCACCUCAUAUUUUCGCCAUUGGUGAUAAUAGUUAUGCUCAUAUGAAUAGAUAUGGGCAGGAUCAAUGCAUCGUCAUCAGUGGUGAGAGCGGAGCAGGUAAAACCGAAAGCACAAAGUUAAUUCUUCAAUACCUAGCAGCAAUCAGUGGCAAGCACUCCUGGAUAGAACAGCAAAUUCUGGAGGCGAAUCCCAUCCUCGAGGCCUUCGGCAACGCCAAGACUGUUCGCAAUGACAACUCUUCGCGUUUCGGAAAAUACAUAGACAUCCACUUCAACGAUCAGGGGGUUAUCGAGGGCGCCAAGAUCGAGCAGUACCUCCUGGAGAAAUCCCGGAUAGUCUCUCAGAAUGCUGACGAACGAAACUAUCACAUCUUCUACUGCAUGCUGGCUGGGCUCUCCUCCGAGGAGAAGAAAAAAUUGGAGCUCGAGGAUGCGUCCCACUACAAAUACCUCACAGGUGGAGGCAGCAUAACGUGUGAAGGUCGGGACGAUGCAGCUGAAUUCGCUGAUAUAAGAUCAGCGAUGAAGGUUCUUCUCUUCUCAGACCCCGAGAUCUGGGAGGUUCUGAGGCUGCUCGCUGCUUUGUUGCACAUGGGAAACAUUAAGUACAGGGCGACAGUCGUUGAUAAUCUGGAUGCCACGGAAAUAUCUGAACACACUGCUGUCCAGAGAGUCGCUCACCUCCUGGGUGUACCGAUUCCGUCCCUAGUGGAUGCCCUCACGAGAAGAACAAUUUUUGCUCACGGUGAGACAGUCGUCUCGACGCUCUCGAGGGACCAAUCAGUGGACAUCAGAGACGCCUUCGUCAAGGGGAUAUACGGUAGACUCUUUAUACACAUCGUCAAGCGCAUCAAUGAGGCUAUCUUUCGUCCAAAGCACAAGUCCAGAAGUGCAAUUGGUGUACUGGACAUCUUCGGAUUUGAGAAUUUCGAUCACAACAGUUUCGAGCAGUUCUGUAUUAAUUACGCGAACGAGAAUUUACAGCAGUUUUUCGUGCAGCACAUAUUUAAACUCGAGCAAGAGGAGUACAAUCACGAGGGGAUAAACUGGCAGCACAUAGAAUUCGUCGAUAAUCAAGACGCCUUGGACCUGAUCGCGAUAAAGCAGCUGAACAUUAUGGCCCUGAUUGAUGAAGAAUCAAAGUUCCCCAAGGGCACUGACCAGACGAUGCUGGCCAAGAUCCACAAGACCCACGGCACCCACAGGAACUACCUGAAGCCAAAAUCCGAUAUCAACACUUCAUUCGGCCUGAAUCACUUCGCUGGUGUUGUUUUCUACGACACGCGAAGCUUCCUGGAGAAGAACAGGGACACCUUCAGUGCUGAUCUUCUUCAGUUGAUUCACAUAUCCUCCAAUAAGUUCCUGCAGACGUGCUUCGUCGAGGACAUAGGGAUGGGCUCAGAGACCAGGAAGAGAGCGCCGACUCUCUCAACGCAGUUCAAGAAAUCGUUAGACUCUCUCAUGCGGACUUUAUGCAACUGCCAGCCCUUCUUCAUCAGAUGCAUCAAGCCGAAUGAGUAUAAAAAACCGAUGAUGUUCGAUCGAGGCCUGUGCUGCAGGCAGUUGAGAUACUCCGGGAUGAUGGAGACCAUCAGGAUCCGCAGGGCUGGCUAUCCCAUUCGUCACGCUUUCUCGGAGUUUGUGGAAAGGUACAGAUUCUUGAUAUCUGGUAUUCCUCCCGCACACAAGACCGAUUGCCGAGGAGCUACUGCGAGGAUCUGCCAUCAUGUUCUUGGAAGAUCUGACUAUCAGCUAGGGCACACCAAGGUCUUCCUCAAGGACGCUCACGAUCUGUUUCUGGAGCAAGAGAGGGAUCGGGUACUGACGAGGAAAAUCUUGAUUCUCCAGAGAAAUAUCAGGGGGUGGGUUUACAGGCGACGAUUCUUAAGGAUGAGAACAGCUGCUGUUGUGGUGCAAAAACUCUGGAGGGGAUAUGCACAGAGGCAGAGGUAUAAGCGAAUGCGCAGUGGGUACAUGAGACUUCAGGCACUGGUGAGGUCCAGGGUUUUGUCUCACAGGUUCAGACAUCUGCGGGGUCACAUUGUAGCACUUCAGGCGCGGGCUCGAGGGCACCUAGUGAGGAGGAUGUAUCGCAAGAAGAUGUGGGCGAUCGUGAAGAUUCAGGCGCACGUUAGGAGAUUAAUCGCCCAGAGGCGGUUUAAGAAAGUUAAAUAUGAAUAUCGAUUGCACAUCGAGGCACUUCGUCUGCGGAAAAUCGAGGAGAGGGAGUUGAAGGAUCAGGGGAACAAGCGAGCUAAGGAGAUUGCCGAGCAGAAUUACAGGGAGAGAAUGCAGGAGCUGGAGAGAAAGGAGAUUGAGAUGGAGUUGGAGGACCGGAGGAGAAUGGAAAUCAAGAAGAAUCUAAUAAACGACGCGGCGAAGAAGCAGGAUGAGCCCGUAGAUGACAGCAAACUCGUGGAGGCAAUGUUCGAUUUUCUUCCAGACUCAAGCAGUGAGGCCCCCACUCCAGCCAGGGAGACGUCGGUCUUCAAUGAUCUCCCCGCACCUAAGGCUGAUCAGCAAGAGAUCAUCAGCCCCCUUCAGACAGCCUCCGAGGACGAGGAGGAUCUCUCGGAGUUCAAGUUCAAUAAAUUCGCUGCUACUUACUUCCAAGGGAAUAUCAACCAUUCUUACUCGAGGAAGCCUCUGAAGCAUCCUCUGCUGCCUCUGCACACCCAAGGGGAUCAGCUGGCGGCCCAGGCCCUUUGGAUCACCAUUCUGAGGUUCACUGGGGAUCUCCCUGAACCGAGGUACCACACCAUGAACAGAGACACGACCUCGGUCAUGUCGAAGGUGACAGCCACUUUGGGGAGGAAUUUCAUCAGGAGCAAGGAGUUCCAGGAGGCCCAGAUGAUGGGAAUGGAUCCCGACAGCUUUAAACAGAAGCCCAGGUCCAUCAGACACAAGCUGGUCUCACUUACUUUGAAGAGAAAGAACAAACUCGGCGAGGAUGUCAGGCGGAGACUGCAGGAAGAUGAGUACACUGCUGAUAGCUAUCAGUCCUGGCUGGAGUCACGUCCCACGUCGAAUCUGGAGAAGCUCCAUUUCAUCAUUGGACAUGGAAUACUCAGGGCCGAGUUGAGGGACGAGGUCUACUGUCAGAUCUGCAAGCAACUGACGAAUAAUCCAUCCAAGUCUUCUCACGCCAGAGGUUGGAUCCUCCUGUCUCUCUGCGUUGGGUGCUUCGCACCUUCGGAAAAGUUCGUCAAUUAUCUCAGGGCGUUCAUUCGUGAGGGACCACCGGGUUACGCUCCCUACUGUGAAGAUCGUUUGAAGCGUACCUUUAAUAAUGGAACCAGAAAUCAACCCCCCAGCUGGCUGGAGCUGCAAGCUACUAAAUCCAAGAAGCCCAUUAUGCUACCAAUUACCUUCAUGGAUGGCAAUACGAAGACACUCCUGGCUGAUUCAGCCACCACUGCCAGAGAACUCUGCAACCAGCUCUCGGAGAAGAUCUCCUUGAGGGAUCAAUUUGGUUUCUCAUUGUACAUCGCUCUGUUUGAUAAGGUGUCCUCAUUGGGUAGCGGUGGAGAUCAUGUAAUGGACGCUAUUUCCCAGUGUGAACAGUAUGCUAAGGAGCAGGGGGCCCAGGAGAGAAAUGCCCCAUGGAGAUUGUUCUUCAGAAAGGAGAUCUUUGCACCCUGGCACGAACCCACUGAGGACCAGGUGGCGACGAAUUUAAUCUAUCAGCAGGUGGUGCGAGGGGUAAAAUUCGGGGAAUACAGGUGCGAUAAAGAGGAGGAUCUUGCGAUGAUAGCAGCUCAACAGUACUACAUUGAAUACCACAUUGACAUGAAUGUGGACAGACUUUUUGCUCUCCUUCCUAAUUAUAUUCCUGAUUAUUGUUUGACUGGGGUCGAUAAGGCCAUUGAGAGGUGGGGCCAUCUGGUUCUGCAGGCCUUCAAGAAGAGCUACUACGUUAAGGAGAAGGUGCCAGCAUUGCGAGUCAAGGAGGACAUCGUGGGAUACGCAAAAUUCAAAUGGCCUUUAUUAUUCUCCCGAUUCUAUGAAGCCUAUCGCAACUCCGGGCCAAAUCUCCCGAAGAACGAUGUCAUUAUCGCUGUUAACUGGACCGGAGUCUACGUUGUUGACGACCAGGAACAGGUCCUCCUAGAGCUGUCCUUCCCCGAGAUCACAACGGUGUCUAGUCAAAAAACGAAUAAGAUGUUCACGCAAACGUUUAGUCUGUCGACAGUGCGAGGAGAGGAGUUCACUUUCCAGAGCCCCAAUGCGGAAGAUAUUCGAGACCUCGUGGUGUAUUUCCUGGAGGGUCUGAAGAAACGCAGCAAGUACGUUAUUGCUCUUCAGGACUAUAAGCCCCCAGGAGAGGGUACGUGCUCCUCGUUCCUGAAUUUUUCCAAGGGGGAUUUGAUUGUUCUCGAUGAGGAGAGCACUGGGGAGACUGUAUUGAACUCUGGCUGGUGCAUCGGGACUUGUGAGAGGAAUGGAGACAAGGGAGACUUCCCAGCGGAGACUGUCUACGUUCUGCCAUCCUUGUCGAAGCCUCCCAACGACAUUCUCGCGUUGUUCAGUAUCGAAGGCAGUGAAAAUGGCAGGCGACUCUGUCCCCAGCAGAUUAAUGGUGUUGAACCCAGAGAUAAACCCCACACUCUUCUCGAAUAUGCUAUCGAUCAUUUCAGGACUCCUCCCAAGAGGACUAUGUCAAAGGCUCUUACGUUGACAGCUGCACGUCGGGGACAUGUUGACGAGCUCUGGAGACAUUCCAGGGAGCCAAUCAAGCAACCUCUUCUCAGGAAACUCGUGUCCAAGGAGGAAUUGGCUGAGGAGGCUUGCUUCGCAUUCAAUGCAAUUCUCAAGUACAUGGGGGAUCUGCCCACUAAAAGACCGAGGAUUGGGAACGAGUACACUGAUGUCAUCUUCGAUGGACCCCUCAAGAAUGAGAUCCUGAGGGAUGAGAUCUACUGUCAAAUUAUGAAGCAACUGACGGACAACAGAAAUCGACUGAGCGAGGAGAGGGGGUGGGAGCUGAUGUGGCUUGCCACUGGACUCUUUGUGUGCAGCCAGAGUUUGCUGAAGGAGUUGACACUGUUCUUGAGGACUAGGAGGCAUCCUAUCAGCCAGGACUCCUUGCAGAGACUCCAGAAGACGCUGAGAAAUGGACAAAGAAAGUAUCCGCCCCAUCAGGUCGAGGUGGAGGCGAUUCAGCAUAAAACCACGCAGAUAUUUCAUAAAGUUUAUUUUCCUGAUGACACUGACGAGGCAUUCGAGGUGGAUUCCUCAACGAAAGCGAAAGAUUUCUGUCAGAAUAUUGCGCAGAGGUUGAACCUGAGAUCGGCAGAGGGAUUCAGCUUGUUUGUGAAAAUUGCUGAUAAAGUUAUAUCGGUCCCCGAGGGUGACUUCUUCUUCGAUUUCGUGAGGCAUCUGACCGACUGGAUCCGGAAGACUAGACCCUCGAAGGAUGGGGUAGCUCCACAGUUCACGUAUCAAGUGUUCUUUAUGAAGAAACUUUGGACAAAUACUGUGCCGGGGAAAGACCGUAAUGCAGAUCUCAUCUUUCAUUUUCAUCAGGAGUUGCCGAAGUUGCUGAGAGGAUAUCACAAGUGCACGAAGGAAGAGGCAUCGAGACUGGCUGCUUUGGUGUACAGAGUGAGAUUUGGCGAGAGUAAACAAGAGCUGCAGGCAAUACCACAAAUGUUGAGAGAACUUAUCCCCGGGGAUUUGGUGAAGGUACAGAGUGCUAACGACUGGAAACGUUCGAUAAUAGCAGCCUACAAUCAAGAUGCAGGAAUGAGCCCCGAGGACGCCAAAAUUACAUUUCUGAAAAUUGUUUAUCGUUGGCCAACAUUUGGAUCGGCAUUCUUCGAAGUGAAACAAGGAACGGAGCCCAAUUACCCAGAACUCUUGCUCAUUGCUAUCAAUAAACACGGAGUGAGUUUAAUUCAUCCGCAAACCAAGGAUAUAUUGGUCACUCAUCCGUUCACGAGAAUCUCCAACUGGUCGUCAGGGAACACCUACUUCCACAUGACAAUCGGUAAUCUAGUGAGGGGUUCCAAACUCCUUUGUGAGACAUCCCUAGGGUAUAAAAUGGAUGAUUUACUCACCUCUUACAUAUCGUUAAUGCUCACAAACAUGAAUAAACAGCGAACAAUACGAAUACCUAAGCAGUAAUCAUCAUCUCCAAUAUAUUUUCGUGUAAUGAGGAGAUUAAAGUCGAUGAAUUUCUUGAUAUUUUUAUGUGGAGAUGAGCAUUAUAAAAUUGUCGCGAAAUUUUGAAUUUGUACAAUAGGGCUUAAUAGUUGUUUUUAAAUCGCAAUGGUCUUUUUGCAAGUCGAAAUGAUACAUAUUUUUUUUGAAUGAUCUAUUUUUCAAUUUUUUUGGCCAGUGACAAAACGAGAUUAAUUCACUCCUGACAUUUAGCUAUUGUCAGAUGAUGAGAAAGAUGCAAUUUUCGUGAAAUUCUGAGAACUGAAAAUUAAAGAAAUUUAUCUCGUUCGUUCAAUUCGUCAUUAAAUUGUAUGAUUCGUGGGUGAAUGAGUGUAUAUAUUUUAAUUACAUAUUUUUUAAAUAUUCAUAUUUAUACAGAGUAGGUAUAUUCGAGAAUUGUCGUGCUGAAAUCAUAUUUUUAUUCUCAGAAUCUAUUUUUUCUAGAAUUUUUUCUUUUCAUCAUCAGAGGCCACAGAUUUCUUUUUUUUUUUUCUUGUCUCGUGUGAAUUUCUGAUGGAUUCACGUCUUUGGUCACAAUGAGGAUUAUUUAAUUGUGGGUAAAUUCCCACACGUUUGGAUUACCAACAUUCCUGCGUUGGUAACAAUAAUACAACUUUGAGAAGGGAUGUUACCGAGGUACAGCCCAACUGCGGAUUUCGAUCCUUAUCUCAUUUCCUCUUUGAAAAUGUGCUAUGUAUGCAUGUGUAUUAUUAAUUUUUUCCUUGUUUUUUUAUUCUCACGAAGCACAUAAGUGUUGUUCAAUGUAUGCCAAUUCUUUUCGAAAUCCCUAAACUAUUUUUCACUAAUUAAUUAUAAUGAAUUUAUAUCUAGUAAUUAAAUCGAGGCUGGAGAGGAGAAAUUUAUAAAAAAAAAUAAAUGAUAAUUUAAAAAAAUGAGCAUUGUUACAAAAAGAAAA